GGUAACCUUAGAUAUAUUGAUGGGGAGUGUGAUACAUGGCAAGUGAAUCCGAACUUGUUAAUAGUUUGGGAGUUUUAUUAGAAAGUUAGAAUUGGUAGAUAUGAUGUUAAUCUAGUGGAAGGUAUUUAUUAUCUUGAACCAAACAAAUCAUUGGAUGAUGGUUUAAAGCAAAUUAUUGGAGACGACACAGUUAGGGAAGUGUUGGACGUGAUGAAGGGACAUGGUGAAGUUCAUAUAUAUGUGGAUCACAUCUCCAACUUUGCUGAAAUAGUUCCUGUAUCUCCUGUUUUAAUGCUCCCAGCACCUGGUGAUCCUUUAGAACCUGGUGGUGGGGUUUGUAGUGAUGCUGGUGGUGGGGCUUUUAGUGAUGCUGGUGGGCUUUGUAGUGAUGUUGGUGGGAGUAGGAUCAAUGAGGAUGAGGCAUUUAAUGAGGUUGGUGAAAGGAGGGACAAUAACAGUGAUGAACAGGAUGCAAUAUUUAAUGAGGCUGGUAGUUAUAGGAGCACAGAACAUGGGGACCACUUUGUUGCUGGUAGUGAUGUCCAUAAUGAUUGUUUUCCUCAACAACCUGAUAUAGAUAAUGUUGAAGAUCUUGAGGAAAAUGAGUAUGAGCAUGGGCUUGAGGAUUUUCCUGAGUUGUCUGACAAUGAAGAUGAGGAGACUAUUUUAGCAAGGGAUAAUUUGAGGCAUUAUAGUUCGACUCAACAGCAUGCUGAUAAUAUAAACAUUGCUGUUCAAGGUGAGGAUGAUGCAGAAAUACACUCUGGUGAUGAAGUAAGUUACCAAACCACAAGUGAUGAAGAGGACAGUGAAGCAGAACAUGGUGUCAGAAGAAAAGCAAGGCAUCCUGUCUUUGAUGAAAGUGAAGGCAACCAGGAAAUUGAGCUUGGUAUGAUAUUUCUUAAUAAGAAACAAUUCAAGAAAGCUGUGGGUCAAUUGAGCAUUAGGGAAGGGACAGAGAUUACAUGGAAAAAAAAUGAUAAGCUCCGGAUGAGGGCAGUGUGCAAGAAUGAGAAAUGUGACUGGAAGAUUCUACUGGCGUUGGACACUCCUACAAAUUCUUGGAUGGUAAAAACUUUCUAUAAUUGUCACACAUGCUCGAGGACUAUUACAAAUAAAGGUUGCACAUCAUCUGUUGCUGCUGAUCAUCUAGUUAAGACAAGAGGAGUAGCUUCCCUGCGUAUGAAUAGGGGAGAUGUUUUUGAGGCAAUUCGGGAUGAUUUAGGUGUGGAGUUGACACCUGUGCAACGUAAGAAGACAAAGGAUAAGUUCAAGAAGAAAUUUGAAAGUGUUUCUAAUGCUGCAUACAGCAGGUUAUUUGAUUAUGCAAAUGAGCUUAAGUCAAAGGAUCCAGAAGCAAGCGUUGUGCUUCAGUGUUGUAGACAAUCAGCAGAUACAACUCCUACAUUUUUAAGGAUGUACGUCUAUUUCAGUGCGUUGAAGAAGGGAUUUCUUGCUGGAUGCAGACGUGUAAUAGGAGUUGAUGAUGCAUUCCUCAAAGGUGCCUACAAAGGAGAGUUGCUGACUACUGUUGUACGGGAUGUAAACAAUCAAAUGUACCCGAUAGCUUGGGCUGUAGUGGAGGUUGAGAAAAGGGAGACAUGGGAAUGGUUUUUUGAAGAACUGAGGAAAGAUUUGCUCAUGGGUGAUGGAAGCAGGUUUUGCAUUAUGUCUGACCAACAAAAGGGACUUGUUAAGGCUGUGGAGGAGCUCUUCCCAUGUGCUGAACACAGGUUCUGUGCUAGACAUAAGUACAACAAUUUUAGGAAGCAACAUAAAGGCAAGGAGCUGCAAAAGGCAUUCUGGAAGUGUGUUAAGGCACGAACAGUACCUGAGUUUAGCAAAGCUCUGGAUGAGUUGACAUCAUUGAAACCUUCUACAAGGGAAACUAUGUUCAACAUAGACCCAAAGCAUUGGUGUAGAGCGUUCUUCCAAACAGAGACAAAGUCAGAUAUAGUUGAUAAUAACAUGUGUGAGGUUUUUAAUGGAUUGUUGGUUGAAUCAAGACAUAAGGCUAUUGUCUCAUUGCAUCAAGAUUUGAGGCCAUUUUGUGGUCAAAGGACAGUGGCAAGAAGGGAAUUUGGGGAUAGAAAGUUUGUAGAUGAUUUUGGUCCAAGAACAUGGGAAAAGCUGGUAGCAAAUACGAGGGGAAGCAGAAGGUGCAAAUUCUUAUGGUCGGGUAGUAACUGUUAUGAAGUUCAAGAGAAUGGUGCGGAUGUAUACAUGGUUAAUAUGGAUGAAAGAAAGUGCACAUGCAGGGAAUGGGAUCUCACUAGAAUCCCUUGUAGGCAUGCCAUGGUAGCUAUUAAUGCUAGGAAGGAAAAGCAGAAGAUUAUGUAUCAGAUUGGUAUAGGAAGGAGAAGUUUAAAGCUGCUUAUGAGUAUGCUGUACCUGUAAUUGAAGGGAUGAAUCAGUGGGAGAAAACUGGAAUGCCACCUAUUCAACCCCCACCAGCCAAGAAAAUGCCAGGAAGGCCAAAAGGGAAGAGGGUUUUGGAAGAAUGGGAAGGGCACAUGAUGAGUUUAAUUUUUAUAUGCAUUUAUCUACUCUUUUUGAGCAUAGAAUUAAAUUUUAUAGGUUUUUUGUAACUUUGUUUCACCUUUGGUUAUAUUAAAUUCAUUAUUUGUGGGUGGAAAUUAAGAUAGAAAUUAAUUUUGUAAUAAGUGACAAUUUGCACA